AUGCAAGCCGCUGUCAACAUCACCCACACUUCACUUUUCACGGUCAACGACGACUCGACAGAGCUCACCGGCCCCAGGGUCGUCCUGGACAUUUCCUACUGCCACGCAGGCGGCUCGAAAGAGGAUCGCUGCGAUCUAUGCGAGACAAAGAAGCGUUACGGUGCACUCAAAGCAGAUAACGACUAUUUGAAGUGGAGGAUCACCUGUUUUGAGAACGACGAGGCGACGCUCAGCCGUGCACUCGAGUGUGUUCACGAUGAAAUCCGAACGAAGACACAAGCGUACGACAAGAUGGAGGAGCAUUUCGCUAUCUCGCAGACGCGGGUGGAAGAGCUCGAGCAAACAGAGGCCAGGCUCACCCUCGCACGAGAUGCGCUCAAGAACGAGAGUAGGAAGCUCGUGAGGCAACUACAGGCGACGAGAUCAGAGCAUGCGGAAGAUAAGGAGCGCCUCAAAGCUACGCACGAGGCGAAUGCCAGGUUACUGAAGGAGAAAGACGCACUCAUUGGCCAACUCGCUACAGAGAAUCAUAAGUUGUCGAAUUGUCUCAAGGACGAGAAGCUAUCUGGAGCAGAAGCACGCGAACACGACGCACAGUUCAUCGCAAAGUUACAGCGGACGACGGCUAAACUGGAAGCCGAGAGGUCACAACUCAUUGAGAAGAUGGCUAGACUUGAGCGAGAGCUCAAUAAGGAACACCAGGCGGAGUCUUCACAGAACCAAAACGGGGAGCUCCUGCGGGAGAAUCGUAUACUUGCUUCACAAAACGACGUGCUGAAGGAGAGCAAGGAGGAUCUGAAGCGGAAGCUGAACAGCGCGAACGAGAAUUUCGAGCGACUGAAGAUCAUGGUGAACGACGCUCGGCACCAGAAUGAGAGCUUGGUGAAGGAGAAUGGUAGAAUGGUGAUGAAGAGCAAAGCAAUGAAGCAUGACGCAGAGGCAUUGGCGGAUGAACUUGCGAAGACGAGGCAGGAGCUGGCAGGUUAUCAGAAGAGAGCAAGGCGUAUCAACGGACAUAGCAAGGACAUUGAGCAUCUUAGCAGGAGAGCUUGA